GGUGCCAGAUGGGCGAUACUUCAGACACUGUUCUGUGCAUUCUACAGUGGGAUAGUUUGUCAAUUUAUGAUACAUCAGGUGAAGUAACAUCCGUACCUCUUCCUCGUAGCAUCACCUCCAUAUGGCCUCUUCCUUAUGGGUUACUCCUCCAACAGGCACCUGAAGGGAGCUCACAAGCGCAUAUCCAAUUUUCGUCUUUGAGCCCACUUUUAAGUGCUCGUGAUACAAUCCGUUCAAAAAGGGAAGUUAGUACUCAGCAGAAUUAUACUGCUGUACUUGGUUUAGAUUUUACUCUCAAGGGAGAUGGGUCUUCAAUGUCUUCACAUCUGAUAUUAAAGGAUCCACUGGAAGAACCUCAGGUAUACAUAAUGCUUUCUUUGGCCCCCCUCUGUAUCUAUUGUUUUGCUUGUUUUGUUUUAUAGUCUAUCCUUUUCUAUUUCUUAUCCUUGGUUUUGGUAAUA